AGCACAGCUUGCUGCCUCUAUAUAAGCUGUGCAGCUUCUCAGUUCAGCAUCCUUCACUGCAAAGAUGAGGUCUCUCUUCUGCGUCCUAGCCUCUGUUACUUUGCUAACUGGCAUACACGCUGCAGAAGAACAGAAUGCUCCAUCACAAAAGCCUGAAAAUGCCUGUCCUAUCAAAAUGAAGACUGGGGGUAAAUGUGACGAAGAUGGCAAUUGUCCCUAUCAGAUAACCAUGCCUCCCAUGACUAUUCAGCUACCUAAGCAGUUUCAGCUGCUUGAGAAAACUCUCAAAGAAGUCCAGAGCCUGAAAGAAAUAGUAAAUAACUUGAAGAAAUCAUGCCAGGACUGCAAACUGCAGGCAGAUGACAAUCUGGAGAAGGACAAAGAUGAGGUGCCAGAUGGAGGACAGGGGAAUCAAAUCCAAGAUCUGCAGUCUAAGGUGAAGAAAAUGUCUAUAAGUCUCAAGAAUGCUCGAUCCCAAAUAACCACCUUGCAGGAUCAACUGGAGAAAAUGAACUCGGUCAGUAUGAACAGCGUGGAAGAUUACGUCGACAAUAAAAUGGCCAAUUUAUCAAGAGAAAUGAACAACGUGGACAAAUGCUCAUUCAACUGUCCACUACUUCAGCCAAAUCCAAGCAUGCAGCUUAUCUACAAAGACUGUUCUGAUUACUUCAAGAUAGGUAAAAGGCUUAAUGGCAUUUACCACAUCAUGCCAGAUCCAAAGAACAAAACAUUUGAAGUGUACUGUGAUAUGGAGUCCAUGGGUGGAGGAUGGACUGUGGUGCAGAUUCGUCAGGAUGGCAGCAUCAAUUUUAACAGGACAUGGAAUGAAUAUAAAAAUGGCUUUGGUAACCUUACUGGAGAGUUUUGGCUGGGUAAUGAUAAGAUACAUCUGUUGACAAAAAGCAGUAACAUGAUGCUGAGAAUAGAACUUGAGGACUUUAAGGGUGCGACGGAAUAUGCCACAUAUGACCAGUUCUAUGUGGCCAAUGAAUUUCUUAAAUAUCGAUUGUCAAUUGGUGGCUACAGUGGAACAGCUGGUGAUGCCCUCCACUUCAGCAAACAGUACAACCAUGACCAAAAAUUCUUUACAACACAUGACAAAGACAAUGACAGAUAUCCUUCUGGAAACUGCGGGGCUUAUUACAGCUCUGGAUGGUGGUUUGAUGCAUGUAUGUCAGCAAAUCUUAAUGGCAAAUACUAUAAGAGUGACUACAAGGGAGUGCGCAAUGGAAUUUUUUGGGGUACAUGGAAAGGUGUGAAUGAUGAAAACAUCAACAGUUUUAGGCAAGCCUUCAAAACCGUUAGAAUGAUGAUCAGACCAAAAGACUUCUCAUCAUAAUUUUUUUCGUUUUGGUCCGAGUGAGGAAAAGUUACUGCCAUUGUCCCUCUUGGGGAGAUCUUGGCCCAGAUUCUGAAAAGGCUUACGACGGCGCAACGCCAUGUGCGCCGUCGUAAGUCCUAAUCUGGGCCGUC